AUGUUUCUUCUGCUGUGCGCCAUCCAGCUUGUGUUUCGCCAGACCCCUCCAGAACACCAGCCGAGUCGACCCCCGUUUUGUCGUCUGCUCAGGACAUAUCGGCCAUAUCGUUAUUUUGGCCGCUUUCAAGUUGCAUCUACCCCGAGAUAUGAGCUGGUAAUCGGUGUGGAUGUCUUGAAACAUGGUGAGGACAUGUCAGAUCCAGAUGAGGAUUUCACCGACCUCAGUUCCAUGUGGAACUAUCAUCUACCCCAACGGAGGGAUAUCUUCACUUGCUACGCAACCAAUCGUCAUGAAAGAUACUGGGCUACAUGCCUUGCAACUAUCUAA